AUGUCGCAACCAACCGGUUGUUACUUCAUCGACUUGCGAGCAGACGAAUACUUGGGAGUUUGCUUGAUAGAUCACCAGCAGCGAAUUCCUUUCCUUGCUCACGAGACGCUCGCGAAAGAAGUAGGAGUUGUGUUACUUGUUGGGGCUCGUCGGGUGCACCCAGCCUCUUCGCUCACUAAUCACAGCUCAGCGAUCCGAGCCCGCAUCCUGCGCCGGAUCCCGCGCCGCAUCCCUCGCCGCAACCCUAAGGGGACGGCAGUGCGCAGCGCGGCGGCUGGCGGGUUGCAUUCCUUGGCGGUUUCUGAGCAAGGGGAACUGUUCACGUGGGGAUAUGGCGGGUUCGGGGCGCUGGGGCAUGGGGAGUUUACCAGGAGGGACGUCCCCUGCCACGUGGCGCCCUCUGAUUGGCUGGAGGAGGGGGUGGAGAUUAAAUCAGCAGCAGCUGGGGGAAGCCAUACUCUGGGUUUAAGCACUGUUGGGAGGGUUUAUGCGUGGGGGAGGGAUGAGGGAGAGGGGCGGCUGGGUAUCCCCCAUAUAGUGGACGCGAUAGGAGAAGAAGGGUGCGUGCCUCGGCCAAUCCCGGUCGAGUUUCCGACGUCCCAGGGCCUGCCACGUGGCGGAGUCUCAUUGGUCGCAUGCGGAGGGUUCUUCUCUGCUGCUGUGGACUGCGAAGGCGGCGUGUGGACGUGGGGAGGCAACCACAACGGCGAAUUGGGGCGAGCAUCAUCAGGGCUCGUCCCUUCUCGCAUCAGCACCAUCACCACUCCAGUCACACACCUAGCUGCUGGCGGUUUCCACACCCUGGCAGUAGACGACGAGGGACGCGUGUGGUCGUGGGGGAGGGGCGGCAGCGGCCAACUGGGGCAGCACUCGCUGCUGACUCAGCCAGUGCCACGUGUCGUUCCUGGAUUGGCUGGAGUGAAGAUUGCCAGGGUGGCAGCAGGGAGUGCUUGGAGCGCUGCUGUGUCAGGUGGGUUGGUCAACAGAGCCAGGUGUUUUUGCAACAGAGCCAGGUUCCUUAUGCAGCAUAGUCAAGUUGACUGA